AUGGCUCUCACCAAUGGAGAGACCGUCACUAUUUCCAUCCGUCGUCCAACUGAGACCCCCGCCAUCUACGUUGCGGGGACCUUCUCGAAUCCCAAAUGGGAGCCCUUGGAGCUCAGCGCCAAACCUGUAGAGCACAAGGAUGCGGACGGGAACUCCACUAAGACCGAAUACCUCUUCUCCAGAGAUGUUGAAUUGCCCGAGGGUCAAUACCAGUAUCGGUUCAGGGAGGGUACCGACGGUCCGUGGUUCCAUGAUAAGGAUGUGAAGCAUGCUGCCGACGACGAAGGCGUCGUCAACAAUAUCCUCACUGUUGGUUCGAGUUCAUCCGCUGCGGCGCCUGUUGCUGCGGAAGCUAAGGCUGUCGAGAAGGAAACCGAAACUCCUCUUGAGAAUGGCACCAGCGAGAAGGCCGAGGAGAUCGCGAAAGAGUCCGAGGUGCAAACCACAACGACGACCGAGGCGGUGAAGGAUGAAGUGCCAAAGGAGACUGAUAUCCCUGUGGUUGUUGAGAAAGUUCCGCACGCUGAGUCGGAACCCACGACACAGGAGGUGAAGCCGGAGCUUGUUUCCGAGAUAUCCAAGUCGAGCGAUAUCCAGGAGGACGCCGAAACACAACCUGCCUCUAUCGCAGCCGCAGAACCUAAGACCAACGGCACACAUUCUACUGAGCAGAUUUCUGGAUCACAACCUGAUGAUGCUGUUGCGGAGAAGGCGGAGCCAGUGGAAGAGAAGGCAGCUGAGGCUUCUUUGACAACUACAAAAGACGCCAAGGAAAACAAGCCUGAAGAGAUUCCCAGCACUUCACCUGAGGCCGAGAAGCCUGAGACAAAGGAGGUCGAGAAGGCUGAGGAUCAGAAGCCGCAGGAUGUUGAAAUCGUUCCUGCUGCAGUUGAAGAGAAGGCGGAAGCCGCUAAAGAAUCAGAAGUGCCAGAGUCUGCCCUCGAAAAGUCUCGGGAAGAAGCUGCGCCCGCGCAACCAGUUACGGAGGAAGUGCCUGUUGUGGAAUCUAACCUAGUGGAGCCAUCUUCAGCCGAACCGACAAAGGCCGAGAAUGCCCCUACAGAGACAGCCACUGAUGAGGCGCCACUUGCCGAGAAAUCCUCCGAGAAAACAGUGCCUGCGGGGCCUAUCGCUGAAGAGAAGGUUCAAACGACCAUCGGGGAUGAGUCACCCUCUCUGAACAACGUGGAGGAACAGCCAGCACAGGAGUCUGUCGAGGCGAAGAAGGCGGCCGAGGAGCCAGCCGAGGCUUCCGGUGUCGAGCACUCGGCUACCGACGAAGCCGCUGUUGAGAAACCGAUCAAGGAAUCCGCCCCUGAGGAGAUUCCUGAAGAUUCUAAGAAUGAAGUUGCUGCAGAGGCCCCCGUCGCGGAGGCAUCGACGACUGAGAAGGACGAAGAGACCUCCCCUGACGCUGAGAAGGAGCCAGCUGUUGAGGGAUCUGCCAAGGAACCAAUCCAUGAGGAGAUUUCUGAAGAUUCCAAGAAGGAAGUUGCUGCAGAGACCCCAGUCGCGGAGUCAUCGACAACUGAGAAGGUCGAAGAGACCUCCCCUGACGCUCAGAAGGAGCCAGCUGCUGAGGAAUCUGCCAAGGAACCGAUCCACGAGGAACAGAAAACCGAGACGGCUGUUGCCGAAGAACCGGCUAAGGAGACACUGGUCGAGGCAGUUCCUGCAGAGGAGCCUGAGGUGAAAUCUGCCGAACAGCCUGCCGUCGCCGAAGAGUCUGCCAAGGAGACUGUCGCCGAGCAGCCACCUGUUGAGAUUGCUUCCACAGAGGAUUCAGCACCUACUGCGGAAGUGACAGCCGCCAAGGAACCCGAGGCGCAGGCAACGGAGGAGCCAGCCGCUAAUGAAUCCAUCAACAAAGAGGUUGAGGCACCAACGGAAGAGCCUACUGCUGCCCAAGAGUCCGCCAAGGAGCCUAUCAGCGAUGAGCCAGCAAUCCAUGCGCCUCAGGCCGAAGAAUCAACAAAGGAACCCUCUACCGAAUUGGCAGCCGCAGAAGAAAUCACCGGCAAGGAGGCUGAGACACAUACGGAGGUGUCUACCGCUGCUGAAGGACCUGCCAAGGAACUUGUCAAUGAUGAGCCUGCUGUAAAAUCUGCCCCAACCGAGGAGACCGAGGAACCAGCUAAGGACGAUACCACUCAAGUGGUAGCCGCCAAGGAACCUGAGCCACAGGGAGCCGAAGAAGCUGCUGUUGAGGAGACACCUGCCACAAAUCUCGAAGCACCAACGGAAGAGUCCACUACUGCAGAGGAGCCCGCUAAGGACCCAGGCAGCGAGGAAACGCCGAAUCAAACUCUUCCUGCCGCGGAGCCUUCCAUGGAAGCCAAAGCUGAAGAGGGUGCAAAAGAAGAGUCCACAACCGAAACAGCGCCAGAACCCGCUGUUGUCGAAGCAGAUGUUAAGGGACCUGUUCAAGAUGAAGCUGCGACUGAAACUCUGGCUGAGGACAAGCCGGUCACCCAGGAGUCUGUUGCUGAAGCGGCUCCCAAACCAUCGGAAGUGAGCGAACCAGUAGUCGCAGAAGUUACCGCUGAAACUCCUGCGGUUGAAGAGGCUGCGUCGAGCGAAAAGCCUGCGGUAGUGUCCGAGACUGAAGAGCCAGGGGUUGAGGAACACCCCGUUACCCAGGAACCCGCAAAGGAGUCCGAGGCUGAAGCAAGCGAGAAAAAGGCUGCUGAGUCCAAGGACGAAGCUCCUGUUGCUCCCGAGGCGCCAGAGGCACCGGCUGCUGAGACGGCCGUUCCUGAGCCUGCGAGCGAAUCUCCCGAAGUCGAAGCUGUAGCUAAAGAGCCGGCCACUGUUGAACCGCCCCAAGGACCCACCACGACCACCGGAGAGCAAGCUAAGGAAAAGGUGGCCAUCAACGAGCCCACCGAAGCUACUGCUACCGAGGAAGCAGUUCCUGCGGAAGUAUCUGAGGUAAAGGGAGAAAUUGAAGAACCUGUUGCCGCUACUGAGAAGUCCGAAUUGCCCGCCGACGAGCCUACUCUCUGCAAGGACUGCGGUCCCGAGGAGACUACAACUGAGGAAGCCGCUGCCCAGGAGACCAAGGCCAGCGACGAGGCUGUUGAAGAAACCAAGGCCACUGAAGUGACUAUCGAAGACCCAACUGCGGCAGAGACAACUGAAUCCGCACCGGUUGAGGAGGCAGUUGAGCCAGAGACAGUGAAGGAACCCGAAGCGGUGGCACCGGUUGCUGAAGAACCUGUUGAAACCGUGGUCGCUCAAAAAGACGCUACUGAGAAGAAGCCCGCUGAAGAGACAGUCUCUAAGGACGUGACAGCAGAGGAACCCUCUGUUGCUGAGGAAGUAGUUCCUUCGAAGCCCGCGACGGAGGAACCAGUCUCAGAGCCGCAGACCAGUGAGGCGACUGAACCUGCUGAGCCGGAAGCCAGCACUCAGGCACCUGCUCAAGAUGAAGUUGCCGAGGUGGCAGCGACUGAAGAACAGCAGGAAGAUGUGACCACCGACAAGGAAGCCCCUAAGGAAUCAGUGGCUGAGAGCGUUGUCGAGGAGACUGCACCGGUAGAACCUACUGUGCCCGAAGCGGCUGUCGCCACCCGUGCUGUUGAUGAACCUACAAAGAAUGAGAGUCCCAAAGAUGUAGUGUCUGAAGAGCCCUCUCAGGAGUCGACUUCCGAGGAACCAGCUGUCCAGGAGGCCGCCACUGAAGCGGUUACUGCUAGCGCCUCGGCCGAUCAGCCUGCUUUGGAGAAGCAAGUCGAAGCCCCGGCUACGGUCGAGGAACCCCAAGAAGAUGAGAAACCCGCGGAACAGCCCGCAGUCAGCGAGCCACAAGAGGAGCUCGCAGCAGAGCAGGUCCCCACCAAGGACGUUACUGAGGACCCAGUCGCUGAAGAAGCGGCCAAGCACACAGAGGAGACAGUGGCCACUGAGCCGGUGGUUGAAUCUGCUGUCGAGCCGGUCGUCGAACCCACCACUGAGCCCGUCGAGUCUGUCGCUGAGCCGGUUGAGUCUGUCGAGCCUGCUGCUGAGCCUGUUACUGAGCCCGUUGCGGAGCCCGUUGCGGAGCCCGUUGCUGAGCCCGUUGCUGAGCCUGUCACUGAACCGGUUACUGAGCCUGUUACUGAGCCCGUCGCCGAGCCCGUCGCCGAGCCCGUCGCCGAGCCCGUCGCUGAGCCCGUCGCUGAGCCCGUCGCUGAGCCCGUCGCUGAGCCCGUCGCUGAGCCCGUCGCUGAGCCCGUCGCUGAGCCCGUCGCUGAGCCCGUCGCUGAGCCCGUCGCUGAGCCCGUCGCUGAGCCCGUCGCUGAGCCCACCAUCGCACCCGCGACUGAAAAGCAAAGCGAGGCUCAAGAGGUUGAAGUGACUACCGACGAAGCGAAGCCUGAGGCCGUCAAGGAAGAUUCUGCUGAGACAGCAGUAGAACCUGAGGUCAAUGGCGUGGUCAGCAACGGUGGAGAGGUAGACCAACCUCCAACUGGUGAAAAGGAGGCCGCUAAGGUCGAAUCCGAACCAGUAGCCUCCGAGGAACCCAAGGCUGAAGAGCCGGCCCCUACUUCCAAUGGUGACUCUUCGGUUGAGAAAGACGUCGAUCCUUUCGCUCAGCCUCCAGUUCAGGAUGCCACCCCCGAGCCCACCGUGGAGGCCGCCAAGGACUCAGAAGAGAAAGACUCGAUUGUGACUCCUGAGCUCGUUGGAGCUGGUGCUGCAGCUGCCAUCGCUACCGGUGCUGUUGUUGCUGGAGUCGUUUCCAGGUCUCACAAAGAGCCUGAAGUCGUUGCUACACCUAAGGACGAUGUGAACACCAAGGAACAGUCUCGGCCUAAUGACGACAAGCAGGAAACUUCCCACCUCGUACCUGCACCCCAGAUCGCCGAAUCCUCCACUUCGAAGGACAUGCCCACACCCGAGCCUGAAAGUGAUCCUGCUCUCGCAGCACUUGCUGGCGACCGCGAAGCUCUGCUCCGAAAGCUGGAAUUGCCAUCCACAGAACAGUUGCCUGCCGAACCUACUUCGUCCACCAAGGAUAACCAGGCUGUGAAGCCAGCCGGUCACGACGAGCACGCUCCUGCGUCUACUGACGGCCCCUCCGUCGCGAGCGAGUCUCCUGCUCCUACUGAGAGCGAUGCCGGCAAGGCAGUUGCUCCCAAGAACAACGAGGAGUCUCGUUCUCCCAGUCAAAAUCGGUCAGUCACUGCUGUUUCCUUGAACCAUAAGCGAGACAGCUGGUUGAGGACUAUUUUGCGUGCCGUCUUCGGCAAUUUCUUUGGCGCCAUCUUCUCGCCCUUCCGCCGUCGUGGAAGGACGAACCAGUAG